GAGUCGUGGAGUGGAGCCGAGGCGAGCAGCGCGGUGCGGUGCGGCGGGGCAGCAGACUCGGUUACUCGGUUCAGUCUCGAUGCCGGAUCUCCGCCGCAGACACGGACGGCCGUGCUCGUCCCGUCCCGUCUCGUCCCGUUCAGCCCCGUUCGUCUCUCCACGCGUGCGUGUGUGUGUGCGUGUGUCUGAUUGAUCUGUGAUGAGUGCGGGCAGGAGCCAGGGGGGCGGCGGCGACCGCCGCUCCUCCUCGACCUCCUCCUCCACCUCGUCCAGCAACAGGGGGUUGUUCGGCGCGACCGGCAGCAGCAGCAGCAUCAGCGGCGGCGCCCCCAAGAGCGGCGGCGGCGGCAGCUCGCGCCCGGGCAAGACUAAGAAGCUGUCGCUGCUCGGCUUCACUCGCGGGAGCCAUGGACCGGACGCGGACCCGGACGCGCCCUCCCUGGACGAGGAGAUGGAGAAGGUGUUCGCCAUGGGCGCGAGCGACAAGUUCAGCCUGGCGCGCCUGUCGCCCAGCGAGCCCAACGAGCCCACGCUGGGCGGCCGUUUCAGGGAGGAGGACCACAGCUACCGGCGCAAGAGCUACCAGCACACCCACUCGCCGCUCAAGCCGCUGCGCCUCCACGAGCUCACGCGCGCCCGCUCCGGGUCCAUGAGGCGCCAGCGGACCUCUGAGCCAGGGGGCAGCCCGGGCGCCUCGGCCCCGGCCUCGGCCCCGGCCUCGGCCCCGGCCGCGCAGCCCGAGGAUCCCUCGUCGCCAAUCACGUCCACGCCGGCCGAGGAGGGCGCCGACAAGGCCCACCCCCUGGCCGGCGUCCUGUACAGCAGCCUGCGGCCCAGCCCCGGCGCCAGCCCCCGCACCAGCCCUCGGCCCAGCCCGCGGCCCAGCCCGCGGCCAAGCCCUCGGCCCAGCCCUCGGCACAGUCACAGCGCCUCGCUAGCCUCGCAGGGCUCGCAGGAGUCGCGGGGGUCCCAGGAGUCGCGAGGCUCAGCCGACACGGAGACGACCCUACCAGCGGGCAGUCUGAAGGAUGAGGUGGUCGACGACGACCCCGACUACGAGCUGGAGCGGCGCGACAGCGUGUCGGAGGCGCUGCUGUCGGAGCGCGCCGGCUCGGGCUCCGGCUCGGGCCUGUACCACGACGUGGACUCGGAGGCGCUCAAGCGGGUGCAGUUCCACAUCGGCGGCAUCGCGGAGGAGCGGAGCGGCACGACGCCCGAGGGCGAGGAGCCGCCGCACGACGCCAGCCAGGACGCGUCGUCGCCGCACCACCCGGGCGACCAGACGGCGUCCCCCAAGGAGGACCGUCGCGCCAAGAGGAAGCACACGCGCCACCACCACCAUCACCAUCACCACCACCGCUUCCAUCGGAAGUUCAGCCUCCAGGAGGACCUGGAGUGGCGGAAGAGGUCGGGGGCCGAGUUCCCUUCGCAGAGCGAGCGGCGUCGAGCCAGUGUGCACCCCGAGGAGGCCGCCACCCUGCACGAGAUGGACCUCGAGAAGCUGACAAGCCACCGCUUCGACGACGUCAAGGGCAUGCGGCGCUUCAAGAUCCUGCACCAGGGCGGCACGGGCGCGCACGCGCACAGCGCGCUCCCCGGCGACCGCCUGGGCUUCUCCAAGCGCGUGUUCGACCACACGCCGCACGAGGUGUUCGUGCAGCUGGACGAGCUGUGCGGCGAGGGCGAGGACCGCGAGUGGAAGGAGACGGCGCGUUGGAUCAAGUACGAGGAGCACGUGGAGGAGGGCGCGGACCGCUGGGGCCGGCCGCACGUCGCCUCACUCAGCUUCCACUCGCUGCUCAACCUGCGCCGCUGCCUCGAGACGGGCGUGGUCAUGCUGGACUGCGAGGAGCACGACCUGCCCGGCGUGGCGUACCGCGUCGUGGAGCAGAUGGUCAUCUCGGAGCUCAUCCGGCCCAAGGACAGGGUGACGGUGAUGCGCGCCCUCCUGCUGCGGCACCGGCACGUCAACGAGCACGAGCGCUUCCGCUUCGGCAUGAAGAAGGCCUCCGUCAGCUACACCAGCCUGCAGUCCCUAGCAGCGGCGGCGGAGGCUGGUCGGUGCCCACUGUGCGCAGAGCCUGACGACUGCGAGUCUUACUACUACCAGUCAUCUUCAUAUAAUUUAAAUGAUGACAAACGGCCAAGGAUUAUUACGCCUCAAACUAAUUUAAAUGCUUCACUGAAAGAUGGUUGCAACAACUCUUCGAAUCACAAUGAUGGGAAACAUAAGGAUAGUCUUGUGAUUGAUAUGAAGGAAGAAACUACUUACAGUUCUUCAACUGAAGACCUCAACAAAAAAGGGACCAACGACACUAUUUUGAAAAGAAUACCUGUGGGAGCAGAAGCAUUGACUGUUUUGGUUGGCUCUGUAGAUUUUUUGGAACAGCCAACUAUUGCCUUUGUUCGAUUGGCAGAAGGAAGUCUGAUGCCAGCUAUCACAGAGGUGUCCAUCCCUGUGAGAUUUAUUUUUAUUUUGUUGGGCCCAGUCAAUGCAGAUAUGGAUUACCAUGAGAUAGGUCGCUCUCUUUCAACUUUAAUGGCUAAUCAGUCAUUUCAUCAAAUAGCCUAUAAAGCUGAACAUAGAACAGAGUUAUUAUCAGCAAUAAAUGACUUCCUGGACUGCAGUAUUGUACUCCCCCCUGGAGACUGGGAGCGUCAAGAUCUCAUUCCUUUUGAUGACAUUAAGGCCAAAAGUGAUGCUAUUCGUCGUCGAAAAACAACCAAACUAUUAGAUACCGAUGAGCUGCAGAAAGCUCUCUUGGAACAAGCUGCAAAGAAAGCUCUUCGCCCUGAUCCCCUAAGACGCACAAAGAGACCAUGGGGAGGUCUUGUUAAUGAUGUUAAACGUCGAUUACCCUUUUAUUUGUCUGAUUUUAAAGACGGUUUCAAUUUACAAACAAUUGCAGCUGCCAUUUUUAUGUAUUUUGCUGCACUCUCAGCUUCUAUCACAUUUGGUGGCCUCAUGGGUGACAAAACUCAAAACAUGAUUGGUAUAUCUGAAACUCUAGUAGCUACCUCUAUAGCAGGUGUUGUCUUUGCGCUUCUUGCUGGACAACCCUUAGUCAUUGUUGGUGCAACAGGACCCCUCUUGCUUUUCGAUGAAAGUCUUUUCAAUAUGUGUAGUUCUAAUGGGAUUAAUUACCUUUCAAUGAGAGUAUUCAUUGGCAUCUGGCUCUUUGUGAUUGCAUUUAUUGUUAGCUGUUUUGAAGGCAGUGUCUUUGUGAAAGUGUUCACACGAUUUACAGAAGAAAUCUUUGCUUCUCUUAUCUGUAUUAUUUACAUUGUUGAAAGUGUAAUGAAACUCUUUAAGAUCUAUGAAACCCAUCCACUCAGGUCAUUGGCUGACUAUUGCGAGGGGUCGGGAAAGUAUAUACCAAUUGGAGCGUUGAGUUCAAUUGAAAACUUCACCACCUUAAAUGAUGACUCAAACGAUUUUGCUGGAGAGGGAACCACAUUAUCUAACACCAGUGUUACUAUUUCACCAACUGGAUAUCGAACUACAAAGGACCUGCCCGUUAGCCAACCAAAUACUGCAUUAUUUUGCACAAUUUUGGCUUUAGGGACGUUUUUUAUAGCUUAUUAUUUGCGUCAAUUCCGCAACAGCAAAUUUCUUGGACGAAGUGCUCGACGAGCAUUAGGAGAUUUUGGUGUACCAAUUGCUAUUAUAGUAAUGGUCUUGAUGGAUUAUUUAAUACCUGGAACUUACACAGAAAAAUUAAAGGUACCAGAAGGUCUUUCACCCUCUAAUCCUGAAGUACGAGGUUGGAUUAUCUCUCCAGCAGGAGGAAGUGAGCCAAUACAGUGGUGGGUAGCAUUUGCUUGUGUAGUGCCAGCUCUUCUAAUCUACAUUCUUCUCUUCAUGGAGACACACAUCUCUGAGCUUAUCAUUGACAAAGAAGAAAGAAAAUUACAGAAAGGCUCUGGCUUUCAUCUGGACAUAGUGUUAAUAUGUUUCCUGAAUAUGGGUUGUGGUUUCAUGGGUGCUCCAUGGGUGUGUGCAGCAACAGUACGGUCCGUAGCUCAUGUAUCUGCUGUCACAGUUAUGUCCAGAACUCACGCUCCUGGUGAUAAACCACACAUCAUAGAAGUUAAAGAACAACGCCUCAGUGCUCUUCUGGUGUCAACAAUGGUGGGGCUUUCAGUUUUAAUGUCGCCUCUACUUCGUCUUGUGCCAAUGUCAGUGCUUUUUGGAAUUUUUCUGUACAUGGGCAUAUCUUCAAUAGCAGGUAUUCAAUUUUUUGAACGCCUUAAACUAUUUUUUAUGCCUGUAAAACACCAUUCAUCUGCACCCUAUGUCAGAAAGGUUGCAACAUUCAAGAUGCAUAUGUACACAUUGAUUCAACUGCUAUGUUUAGUAGCUUUGUGGGUUGUAAAAUCAACUGUACUAUCACUAGCAUUCCCAUUCUUCUUGUUACUGAUGGUUCCUCUUAGAGCUCAAUUGAGUCGUGUGUUUACACCAAUUGAACUGAGAGCUCUGGACAGCAACAAACCUGAUGAUGAUGAUGAUGAACCUGAUUUCUAUGCAGAAGCUCCACUUCCAGUUUAAGAAACUGUAAUGUAACCAUUCCAAAGUACUCAGGUAAUACUACUCAAGAGGCCUCCCAGUUAUGGCUAAAAGUAUGUAUUAUACAAUACAUCUUGGACAGAAAAAGGAAGAUGUCCUCUGAAAUGAGAGUUUUACAAAAAUGUUGUAAAUAAAAGUAAACCAGUGUGACAAAAAGUGACAACAUGGUGACAACUCAUCAUAUAUGUAUAUAUAUUUGGGCUGUGGUGCGUAAUGUCAGUACCUGGUCUUCUUGACUGGCAGAAAUGCACAAUGAUUACAUUCUUAUUCCUAAGGAGUUAUGUGAACCCCAAGGGGAAGUAUAUGUAUAUAGCAUUUUCU